AUGAUAACCUACUUCCAGCUCAACGCCAAGUCUGAUAUCUUUCAUUUCUCUAGUACCCCCGAUGGCACCUACACAGUCGAUGUACUGCGUAAACUAAUUGACUCCAAAAUAACCAUUUACAUGGAUCCUUGGAUUAAAUGUUUGAAAUCUGUCCCUACAAAGAUAUCUUCCAGUUCUAGUAGUUCUCAAACCACGCAUCAAGUCUUCAUUACUUUGAAUCGGAGAAGUUUCAAAAUCCAAGUACUGGAAAAGCAAAUUGAGUUCGCAAUUUUUUUGGAGAACAGGCGCAUGUAA